AUAAUAAUGUGUUAUUUCACAAAAAAAGAAAGUGAGAUAAAAAGAUUAAAAAAUGUAUUACAUGUUUGCAUUUUCUGCUUGCACCGGGCUGCCAGAUUUAGAUAACAUGUUACUUAACAAAAAUAAAUACAUUAUAAAACAGUUUAAAGUUUAUCUUGGCAAGAUUUUCUACAGUUAGAUAACGGCUGAAAAAAAUCAUUACUUAACAUGUGUUCGUCGUGGGCGUACCCACCGUCCCACUCCUGCUGUUCUGUCUUUGUAUGACUGCCCAGCUGUAUAAAUACAGCUACAGUCCAUCCAUUCAGCAUCUGAGAACACACUGCAUCACAAGAGGAUCCCCUCCACGCUGUGACCACAGAGCGCUGCUGCAAUGGGGGCCCUUGGAUUUGUGUUGUUUUCACUGCUUAUUGCAACCCAAGCAAACAUCAGAGCCACUGCUACUAAGUGUAUAGAAACUAAAGAAUGCUCUGAUUAUGAGGUCAUCUGCACAAACGCUGAUUAUGAGGUACGCCAUUACAACGCUUCCAAGUGGGUCUCUACGUCUGUCCAGUCUUACUUCAUGGAGAUGGCUGCCUAUGACGGCUUCAGAAAGCUCUUCAAGUACAUCAAGGGUGCUAACGUAGACGGUGUACAUAUUGACAUGACCUCACCGGUCCUGAUUAAGAAACCUGAGGCAAGGAACAUGUGGGAACCAGUGACCUAUACGAUCAGCUUCCUGCUCCCGGCAGCCUAUCAGGACGCAGCUCCAGCACCGACCAAUGGAGAUGUGCACUUUCUUGAGAUGCCGGAGAUGCAUGCAUACGUGAAGUCCUUCGGAGGCUGGAUGUUGUCAGUCAACACCAAGCUCUACUCCAUUCUGCUCUCCAGAGAGCUCAACGCUGCCUCUGCCUCCUAUAACACCACCUUCUACUACGGAGCCGGAUACAACAGCCCUAGGACAGUGUUUAACCGGAAAAAUGAAGUGUGGUACAUCGCAGAGGGGAAGCCCAAAUGCAGCGGCCAGCAGACCUAAAAGAUCUAAAUUAUGUUCAUUUUUUUUUAAUUCUGGGUGAUGCAAAACCAUUGGCCAUAGCUGUGUGUAUAUUAUUAUUAUUAUUAUUAAAUAAAAAAUAUACAAACA